GAAUUGUGAUCAGGGAUGUUGAGAAUUUAAUGUUAACACUAAGAUGAAUUGAAUACCGAUUGCAUUAAUACAUAAACGUAAACUACAAUUUUUUUUAAUGUCAGUUUUGUUUUAAAUUAUUUUAGUUCCUUUUAUAUAUUUUAAAUAUUUGUAUUUUUAUUACUUGACUACCAAUGAAUAUUGAUUUAAUAAAUUUAACUUAACUUUAUAUGUUUGUUUAAACAAGAAUAUUCCCAAAAGCAUUUGGACCUAUGCCGGACGUUAAAUAACUAGUAAUAUCCCCAUACUUGAGAAUUUUGAUCAAAAUGGCUGAAUUAGAUGAUCAAAUUGAUGUUCCCAUAAAUUCUAACCAUUGCAAUAAUGAAAAAUCUAUAAUAGAUUCAGUACGAGAAUUUUCCGAUGACCAAUCAUCAGCUGACAAAUCGAUAGCUAAUAAAAUUUUACUGAAUCAAACUUUACAUGAAAAAAGUCCAAUGCUAUCACCAGAAAAAGAAAUUGUACAUGACGAUGAUUUGUCUUUAAUUGAUAGCAAUUCAGAAAAAAAACUGGAUAAUAAUUUUAAUAUUGGUGAUGUUGUAUGGGCUAAAAUUGGAAAGUAUCCUUUUUGGCCAAGUGUUGUUUGUUAUGAUCCUAAUCAGAAAAUAUAUUACAAAGAGUCUAAAAAAGUAAAAAAAUAUUUUGAAUUACAUGUUCGAUUUUGUAAUGAUCAAGGCAGAAGAAGCUGGGCAAAAACAGUUGAGAAAUAUCUAGGAAAAGAAGCACUUUUGAAAAAAUAUCCAUCUUGUUUACCUCCUAAUUUCAAAAGUAAUAAAAAAGCAAAAGAAACAUGGAAUGUGGCUGUUGAAGAAGCUGAUAAUCUUUUAAAAUUUGAUCCAGAACAAAGAAUUCUUGAAUUUUUUAAGACAUUUUGUGAUGCUUCAAGUGAUGAUAUUCAAAAAUUUUCAUUGAAUAUUGUUUCUGAACCUUCGUCUGUAGAAAAAGUGCGUACCUAUUCGAGAAAAAGGCAUCAAGCACCUGCAGAAAAUGAAAAAAAAAAAAUUAAGACUGAAAAAAUACCAAAUAGCAAUAGUAUUUCCUCAAAAUCCAUUGAUAUUUCUAUACAUUUUAAUUCAGAUGAAAUUGAUACUACUAUAUCUGACAUUUCUAUGAGCUAUGUUUACAUAGAAAAUUUAGAACAAACAUUCAAAAAUGAAAAACCCUGGAAAACUUAUCCUCCUAAAUGUUCUAUAAAUAAUGGAUAUAAUUCAUCCGAUUCUGAAUGUGAUGAUAAAAGUGACCUUUCAGAAAAUGAUAGUAUUGUGAGUAGUGACAAUGAAGAGUUGUUGGUUAAAAGUAAUUCUAGAACGGUUCCUGAGAGUAGAAAACAUCAAAUCAAUGCAUUAGAAAAUAUUAAAAAUAUAAAAGAAAUUAAGAACAGCAAGUCUUUCAAAAAAGAAUUAUCAUCGAAAAGUAGUUCACCUCAAAAAAAGAAUAUUGGAAAACAUAAAAAUAAUGAAAAAGAUUCAAUCAACAAAAGAAAUAAGUCAAAAAGUGAGAGUAGUCCUGAACCAGAUACAACUGAAAGUGAAACAUCAUCUAAAAAUGAAACAUAUAGCUCAGUAUUUUUAGCUAGUCAAAAAAAUAAACAAUUAUUUGUAAAAAUUCCUAAAAAAGCGUGUGUGAUAUGUGAAAAAUUUGAAAACACAUUAAUUUGUUCUGGUACAUGUCAAAAUUAUUUUCAUAAAGAAUGUCUUGAUAAAAGUAGAGAUAAGCACAAUUCUUCAGAUCAGUCUAUUUUGGAAGCUAAACACCAAGCUAGGCAAGCCACCCGUUCAAAAAGACAAUACUCUAAAAUUAACAGGAAUGAUAAUAUUGUCAACUCUAAUGGUUUAGAGACAGUAAUUGAAGAUAAGAACUUAAAUAUUGAAGACAAUGUUGAUGAAUCUUUGAAUAAUCAACUUAUACCUGAUGAAAAUAAGAACAAUGAUAAUCUAGAUAAUGAUCAAUCAAUAGAAGAUAAAAAAAACAAGAAUGUAAAUGACAAGUUGGUUAUUAAAACAACUGAUAAUUUAAAUAAUGAAUCAUUUAAUAAAUUAGAAGCAAAAUCAGAAAAUGGAUUUUUGACUGGUGAUUUAGAUUAUAUGUGCAAUUUGUGUAGAAAUAAAAGAAUUAAUUGCUUUUCAUGCGGAUUAUGUAUUGAUAAAAAUUCUGAUAAAAAAUAUUUUACAUGUAAAUUAGCCAGUUGUGGUAAAGUUUAUCAUGAAAAGUGUUUGGAUGAGUGGCCACAAUGUCAAUGGAUUCAAGGUUUUAGCAACAAUAACCAUUCAAUUAUUUGUCCACAUCAUGUAUGUCAUUUGUGUAUAUCUGAUAAUCCUAAAAGUAAAUGUAAAAUCAAAUUUUCUGCAGAAAAGUUAAUUCGGUGCAUUAGAUGUCCAACAGCAUACCAUAAAAAUGAAUAUUGUUUACCAGCUGGAUGUCAAGUUUUGACUUCUAAUAAUAUUGUUUGUAGUAGGCAUUAUGAACCACCCAAAGGACUAAGUCACCAUAUUAAUUCUACUUGGUGCUUCAUUUGCACACUAGGAGGAUCAUUAGUUUGUUGUGAUUUAUGUCCUUCAUCAUUCCACGUAGAAUGUCUAAAUUUACCUCCAUCAAAAUUUGAAGAAGGUUUCACUUGUGAAGAAUGUCAAACUGGGAGGUAUCCACUUUAUGGAGAAAUAGUUUGGGCUAAAAUUGGUGCUUAUAGAUGGUGGCCAGCUCAAAUUGUUUUUCCAAAUCAAGUUCCUGAUUCUGUUAAUACUCUUCCACAUAGUAUUGGACAAUUUGUUGUACGAUUUUUUGGAACCUAUAAGUAUUAUUGGGUAAAUCGUGGGCGUGUUUUUAAUUUUCAUGAGGGUGAUGAUGAGAAUAUGUUAGUUAAAAAUAAAAUGAAUACAAUUGAACAAGCAUUUCAAGAUGCAAUAAUAGAAGCUGCUCAAGCACACAAUGCUUACAUUAUAGAUAAAGACAGGAAUGACGCUAAAAUCAUUAAUAAAUCAUCAAAAAAACCACCAAAAUUUACAAAAAUAAAAUUCAAUAAACCUGUGGGCAAUGUUAAAAAUAUGGAGUGUAAUUUGAGCGUUAUGACAUCUUGUGAGUGUGAUCCAACGAAACCGGAUCCCUGUGGACCAGGUUCUGAUUGUAUAAACAGAAUGCUUAUGUUCGAAUGUGAUCCUCGAUUGUGUCCAGCUGGAGAUAGGUGUCAAAAUCAACGUUUUGAGAAAACAUUGUACCCAGCUAUGGAACCAUUUUUAACUAAUGGCCGAGGUUGGGGUUUAAAAACAUUAGAGGAUAUUAAAGAAGGUUCAUUUGUAAUUGAGUAUGUUGGUGAAGUUAUUGACGAAGAAGAGUUUAGAAAUAGAUGCUAUGAAAUGCAAAAACAAAAUGAACAAAAUUACUACUUUUUAACUAUAGAUCACAAUAGAAUGAUUGAUGCAGGACCUAAAGGAAAUCUUUCAAGGUUUAUGAAUCAUUCGUGUGAGCCAAAUUGUUUUACUCAAAAGUGGACUGUUAAUGGUGAUACAAGAAUUGGUCUUUUUGCAUUACAUGAUAUACCAGCUGGUACUGAAUUAGUAUUUGACUAUCGUCUUGAAAGUUGUUCUGGAGUAGAAAAAAAACCAUGUCAAUGUGGUGCAACUAGAUGUUCUAAGUUCAUUGGUGUUAAAGUAGAAAAGGAAGAAGAAAAAAAGAAAUUGUCUUCUGUUACUGAUACUGAUAAGUGCAAGUCUUCUGUAAAGAAUAAAAGAAAAUCAAAUAAGCAUAAGGUAGAUACAUCUGAUACUGAAAAAUGUAAUGGCUCGAAAAAAUCUAAAGAAAAAUUGACUAAAAAACAAUCUAAUACACCAAAGAUAUUAUUUAAUAUAUUUCAGAAUGAAAAUAUAAAAAAUUCAGAUCUAAACAUUUCUAAAGAACCAUUAAGAAAGUCUACCGGAAACACCAAUACAUCCAAAGAUGUUCCUUCAACAGAAACAAAGAAUCAUAUAUCAACAAGAACACUGAGAAGUAGUUUACUAGAGUCAAACACCACUUUAUUAGAUACUGAUAAAAACAUUUUAUCAAGAAAUAAAGUGAAAAUUCAGAGUUCCAAAAUCUUAAUUACUGCAGAAAAUGAUACUGGAUUAUGUAAUGUUGAAAUUGUUAAGAAUUCUCCAUCAAAAAUAUUUAAUGUAAAAGAAUUCUCAAAUUUUGAACACGGCCAUAAAAAUAAUAAGUACAAUGACAAACAAGUUGUUACAAAACAAAAAAAAGAUGAAAUAAUGAUUAAAAUAAGAACAUCUCAGGAUAAAAAUUUAAAUAUAGAUAAAGAAGCUCAUUUUAAGUACCAGAAAGAAGAUGAGCUAAAUAUAGCCAAAACGUCAGAAUUAAAAACUGGAUCUAGGCAUAGUUUAACUAGAUUAGCAAAAAGCAGGCAUUCAUUUUUGUCCAAAAGUACAACUGAUGAUAACAACAUGAAAAAAAAGACAAUUUUGACAAAGAAAAUCUUGAAAAAUGAAAAAAAUAGUGCAGUAAAUAUUGUCACCAUACAAAGUAAAAAUAAUAAACAUAAAAAAAUUCAAUGUACCAAAAAAAUGUUGGCACAUGAUAAAAUGAACAAAGUAGUUAAUAAAAAUGUUUAUAUAAAUGAUAACUGUUUAAUAUGUGGAAAAGGUCGUUCAGAAUUAAUAUGCAAAAAUAAGAAAUGUUCAAGAGUCUUUCAUCUUAGCUGUAUGAAUAAAUCAAAAGUAGGAAAAUCAGGUUUUACUUGUCCAUCUCAUUUUUGCUCUACUUGUAAGGUUAGAAAAGUAAUUGCUAAAUGUAAAUUCUGCAUAGAAUCGUUUUGUGUUCAACAUAUAAAAGGGAAUAUUUUUAAAGAUCCCUUAGGGAAUGGAAUGCUUUGUACUACACACCACCCAGAUAAAAAACUAAUUCCAAAGAAAAGAAAAAUUUUAAGAGCUGUAAAAAAAUCUACAAAAAAAGUUAAUACUCGGAAUAUUUGUAUUAGCAAUGUUAGUUUAGAGACUAAUAUUAGUACUAAUACUAUUCCUGAUAAUCAUUCUUCUUUGCCAAUAGUUGCAACUAGCUUUGAGAUAAAUAAUCCAACUGAUAGUACAUUAGACCUAAAAUCUGAUAUUUCAACAGAAGAAAAUUAUGUACUUACAGAAGUCAUAAAAGAUGAAUGUGACCGGGAAUAUAGACAUAUUGGAGGUUUUAAUGUAUGCAAUGUAACGGAUUUAGUUAUAGAUCAAGAAAGUAAUUGUUUGUCUAAUAUUAGUACUACUGAUGGUGAUAUGUUUAAACCAUCAACUCAUGUAGUGAUAGAUAUUGAAUCAGCAUCUGCUUUUUUUCAACCUACUGAUAGUUUAGAAUUAGUAUCAUUUGCUGAAGAAAAUAAGGAUACUAAUAAUUAUGCAAAUGUUGAGUAUAUUCCUGAAUCCAAAGCUAAAUGGUUAUCUACUGCAGAACCUUGAAAUUGACUAUUCUAUAAUUCUAUUAAAUCGAAGAUAUCAAACAAUUUUAUUAAUUUUUUUCUUUGUGUAAAUAAUGUUAUUCUUUGUGUUUUAUAAAUAAUUUUUUUUCUUGUGUUGUUUUUGUAAUUGAUUUAACAUUCAAUUUUUGCUUGACAAAUUAUAAAAUUUUUAGAAUUUUUUAAUUUAA